AUGUCCUGCAAUGGCCUGAACAAUACCGAGUCAUUGUUGCGUUUACAAGUGUACGGAGAAGGGAUACCGAGACGCGGAGGGCAACAAAAUCUCCUUCAAGUUUCCGACCGAAAAAAGUCUGAAACAAAAGUGGAAAGCGUCGUUCCUUCGGUGUUCACAUGGCGCACUUCCCCUCGUAAACGGAAACCUCCUAAAGAAAGAAGUACAGCUGCAGUCCCUAAUAACUUACCUGAUUUAGAUGACAGUGUAGAAGAAUGUGUUGUUCAAGAGGUCGAAGAAUUGCAAGUAAAUGAAGUUCUUCUUCUAUUUGUCGAGAUUGCCACUCAGACUGAUUACGAUGCAGCUGCGUUCGAAGCCAUUUUGACGGAAGUCACAGUGCAAAGUGACAAGAUUAAAUGUCUUGAACAGGAGAUCAAUGAGCUACAAACUAAAGCAAACGAGCUAGAAGUAAACUAUGAAAGACUUAAAACAAAGGUUUUCAAGCUUGAUCGAUUUAUGGCAAUUAAUAAUGCAGCGCAUUUCUACACAGGUUUUGAAAAUURGGACGCAUUUAUGGGCUUAUAUCGAUACCUCAGUCCAGGACAAAAGGGAGAAAGUAUUGUGUAUUGGUAUGCAUCGAAUACAAAAAGUCCAUCUGGUGAAGUAAAUAUUGAUAGAGGUGGAAGACCCAGAGCUUUGAUUCUGUUAGAUGAAUAUUUUCUCGUGAUGUGUCGUCUUAGGCAAAGAUUUCACGAGGAGCAUCUUUGCCAUUUAUUUGACAUAUCAUUGUCAACAGUUAGCAGGAUUUUUAUUUCUUGGAUCAAUUUUAUGUUUCUGAAGCUUGGUAGCCUCACAAUAUGGCUUUCAAGGGAAGCAGUAAAUGAUACAGUUCCAGAAGAAUUCAUGAAGAAAUAUGCUUCAACAAGGGUCAUCAUUGACUGCACCGAGAUUAAAUGUCAAAUGCCUAGCAGCCUUCAGUUGAAUGGUGAAUUGUUUAGCAGUUACAAAAACCACACAACACCAAAGGGUUUAGUUGGAAUCUCACCUGGUGGGGCAAUUACCUAUGUCAGCCAGCUAUACACCGGUAGCAUUUCUGACCGUGAAAUUGUCAUGAGGAGUGGCUUUUUGAAACUCCCUUUUGAUAAAGGAGACUUGAUUAUGGCAGACAAAGGCUUSACCAUUGAAGACCUUCUGCCCUUAGAUGUCAAUGUUAAUUUACCGCCCUUUCUUGGUAACUCAGGUCAAAUCCCAGCUGAAGAUGUCGUCAAGACGCCAGAAAUAGCCAGCUUGAGAAUUCAUGUGGAACGUGCAAUAAACAAGAUAAAGAACUUCCACAUUUUUGACAGAGUGAUUCCACUAUUCAUUUUGUAA